AUGACUAACUCUGGUAAUGUGGCUAACUCUGGUAAUGUGGCUAACUCUGAUACAGACCGAGAAAGAAUGAGCAGUUAUUCACUCUUGAUAAUAGCAGUCAUAGUACUGGUUAUGGAGGCAUCAGCAUUAGGGGAUUAAUGAUAGCAAUGACAAUCAUAUCAAUCCUGUUGAUGAUGGAAGUGAUGACAGCGAUGGUUACAAUGGUAAUAAUGGUGAUGAUGGUGGCGGCAAUGGUAAUAAUGGGGAUGACGAUGGUUGUGAUGGAAGUAAUUGUAAUGAUGAUGAGAAUGAGAGUAAUGGUGGUAAUAAUUUUACUAUGCAAAUUACAGAAAUAUUAUGCAAAAAUAUAAUUUAA